AUGGAUCCCAAAAAUGCAAUCCUCAUCCUAGGCCUAUUGGCCAUGGUUCUUCUCAUUUCCUCUCAGGUGUCAGCUAGGGACUUAGCUGAGACUUCCCCUAAUACCGAAGAGGUAAAUGAUGCCAAAUAUGGUCACUAUGGUGGUGGUAGUCAUGGCCACGGACACGGUAGUCACUAUGGUGGAGGUGGUCAUCACGGUGGACAUGGAGUUGUAUCCGACAACGCGGUUGUUGAAAAAUUAAAUGAAGUAAAUGAUGCCAAAUAUGGUGGACACUAUGGUGGUGGUGGUCAUGGCCAUGGGCACGGUGGUCACUACGGUGGUGGUGGUCAUGGUGGACAUGGUGUAUCCCACAAUGAGGUCGUUGAAAAGUCAAAUGAAGUAAAUGAUGCCAAAUAUGGACACUACGGAGGUGGACACUACGGAGGUGGACACUAUGGCGGUGGUCACUAUGGAGGUGGACACUAUGGUGGUGGACAUUAUGGUGGUGGUGGUGGACAUGGUGGACAUGGUGCUUCCGACAAUGGAAACUGA